AUGGAUAGAGAUUGGAUGAGUGCAGAUAGGUUGUCAAUGAAAUAUAUGGAAGGUGUUGAUCUGUUUUUGGAGUUUGCUGAGAAGAAGGCUUCUAAUCUUAAUUUUGUUCAUUGUCCGUGCAUGAAAUGUGGCAACAUAGAGCGUAUGAAAAUUUUUAAGAUUAAAGAACAUUUGUUUAGGAACGGUAUAGACAAAAGCUAUAAAAUUUGGUAUCACCAUGGGGAAAAAAUUAGAACUUCAGAUGAGGGACCUUCCAAGUCUAGGAAGGAGAAGUGCGUUAAUUUGGAUUACGGAGAUGAUCACAUUGCAAAAAUGAUUGAUGAUGCACAAUUUGAAUCCAAUACAGCUGAUCCAGUGAAUUUUAAAUCCCUUUUAGAAGAUGCUGAAAAACCUAUUUACCCUAAUUGUAAUAGGUUUACUAAGUUAUCGUCACUUAUUAGAUUGUACAAUCUGAAAGCCAAAUAUGGGUGGAGCGAUAAGAGUUUUACGGAGUUACUAGCCUUUUUAGGAGAUUUGUUACCUGAAGGUAAUGAAAUGCCUUUGUCUUUCUAUGAGGCAAAGAAGACAUUGUGUUCAUUAGGCAUGCAAUAUGAAAAGAUACAUGCAUGUCCUAACGAUUGCAUCCUCUAUCGAAAUAGAUUUGAAAAUGAAACGUUGUGUCCGACGUGCGGUGAGUCUAGGUGGCAAAAGAAGAAGAAUUCUGAUGAGGUAAAGGUUGGUAUACCUGCAAAGGUAUUAUGGGUGAAAGAUGGUAUGAUGAGACAUCCAGCCGAUUCACCUGCUUGGAAAGCAAUUGAUGCUAGAUGGCCUGACUUUGGCAAUGAACCUAGGAAUAUUCGUCUUGGUCUUUCUGCAGACGGUAUUAAUCCACAUACUAAUCUUAGCAGUAAGUACAGUUGCUGGCCAGUUUUGCUUGUAAUGUAUAAUUUGCCGCCCUGGUUGGUAAUGAAGAGGAAGUUCACUAUGCUGACACUGUUGAUAUCAGGCCCUUCACAGCCUGGUAACAAUAUUGAUGUUUACUUAGCUCCUCUUGUUGAAGAUCUAAGUCAACUGUGGUGUGAUGGUGUUAGUGCUUAUGAUGCCCAUAGGAAUGAAAAUUUCAAUCUUAGAGCAAUAUUAAUGUGGACAAUUAAUGAUUUUCCUGCCUUUGGCAAUCUUUCUGGUUAUAGUUUGAAAGGGUCUAAGGCAUGUCCUAUAUGUGAGGAGAAAACUUGUUCUCAAUAUUUAAAACACUCGAGAAAGAUUAGCUAUAUGGGACAUCGAAGAUUUUUGCCUUCUAACCAUGUAUUUCGAACUUGGAAAAAAGCAUUCGACGGGAAGCAAGAAUUUGAAGUGGCUCCGCCACCUUUACUUGGAGAACAAUUAGUAGUAAAGUUGAGUAAUGUCAAAUUCAAGCUUGGAAAGCAAAAAGUGACCCCUAAGAAAAGAAAGGGAAAACGUGACAAUUGCGAGCAAGUCACAGCUCAACCUGAUGGACCAUGGAAAAAGAAAUCAAUAUUUUUUGAGCUCGAGUACUGGAAGCAUUUGGUUUUACGUCAUAAUUUAGAUGUAAUGCAUAUUGAGAAGAAUGUGUCAGAUAGCCUAAUCAAUACCUUGUUUAAUGUUCCUGGUCGGUCCAAAGAUGGAAUUAAGUCUCGUCUAGAUUUGAAGGAUUUCGGAAUGCGAGCAAAUUUACACCCACAAGUUGUUGGUAAAAAAACUUAUUUGCAACCAGCAUGUUAUGCCUUCACUAAAGAAGAAAAACGCUCUGUGUGUAAUUCUUUGUCUCAGGUGAAGGUACCUGAAGGAUAUUCUUCAAAUAUGUCAAGUUUGGGAACAUUUUAA